AAGUGCCUCCAGUCGGGGGCAGUGAAACUCCACCCAUCUCUGCGCUGCCAACUGAAGCGCGCAACUUGGGUUUCUGGAGCUAUUUCAGUGUUUGGGUCAACUGCCCUGUCCUGUCCGGACGUACUCGAGCUUCUCUGGAGUUUAUUAACAAUCCCCUUCCUGGAAUUGAUGAACUCUUGGAUGCUUUUUCUCUCGCGCGCUCUCCAGACGUGCCACUUUUGGGUGGUAUGCGGCAGCGCGCGUCCUGGGCAGGUGGGCCGAACCACGAUUGCCCACUUUGAUGGAGGCAAAGCUUAACGCACGCUCGCCAUGGCUUAUUAUCCUUUCCAAGCUCAGCGAGCGGCUGCCUUGCCGUUGCCAGCCUUUCUUUCGGCCGCGCAAGCGGUGCAGCCCGAGCGUCAGGUGGGCUCCGAGGCGGGGCUGCACGCGGCACUGAGCCGGCAGCAGCAGGCGGCCCACUUGCGCUCCCUGAAGAACCUUCAGCCUGCGGACGGCUUGUGCGACGAGCCCAAAGUCACGCUGGAAUCGCUGGAUUUAUGGAACGAGUUCCACAAAAUGGGGACGGAGAUGGUUAUUACCAAAUCGGGAAGGAGGAUGUUCCCACCCUUCAAAGUAAAGGUUGAUGGACUCGAUAAAACAUCCAAAUACAUCCUGCUAAUGGACAUUGUCGCUGUUGAUGACUUCCGUUACAAGUUCCACAACUCCCGCUGGAUCGUCGCCGGAAAAGCCGACCCGGAGAUGCCGAAGCGCAUGUACAUUCAUCCUGACAGUCCGUCCAAUGGGGAACAGUGGAUGAGCAAGCCGGUGGCAUUCCACAAACUCAAACUCACCAACAACAUAUCGGAUAAACACGGAUUUACAAUUCUGAAUUCGAUGCAUAAAUACCAGCCCAGGUUUCAUAUUGUGAGAGCCAACGACAUCAUGAAACUUCCAUACAGCACAUUCUUGACCUAUGUUUUCCCGGAGACGGAGUUUGUUGCUGUCACCGCGUAUCAAAAUGAGAAGAUUACGCAGCUAAAGAUUGACAACAACCCAUUUGCCAAAGGAUUCAGGGACACGGGAAACGGAAGACGAGAGAAGAGGAACAAUGCUUUAAGCAUCUCUCCGCCGCCGGAGGAGAACAAAGCAGACUGCGCUGAUUCGGAUGACUCGUGGGAACAGCCCAGAACCGGUGACCCGUUUCGCUCUCCUCAGGAAUCGUGGCGUGGGACCUCCGUGCCAAACUGUGAAGAUGAGAACAACACCGGAAGCGAUUCAGAUAUUGAUCGACAGGGUGAGGAUGCCGGCGAAGGCUGCGGCGCUCGGACUGCGUCUUCAUCUCGGCCGAUGGCGAAGAGCGACAAGAAGGAGCCAGCGAUGUCGCGUGAGAGGUUCUCCAUGGAGAGCGAGUCCUCGCAAAGCUGCGAGAGUCAAAUACAAGACGGCACACCGCCUAUGUUAGCGGAAACACAGAGCUCAUCGUCGCUCACUAGUACUGGACAUCUUCAGACUGCGGCUCUCUCAAACAGUCAGCAGUGUCUUGAGCUUGGACCACCUUUGCUGUUUCACCAGGGACGGUUGCCAAUGAAGACAGGGGCUAUUCACUCUACAUCUAUGGGACAUAUAUUUUCCUCUUGCUCGGGAUUAAAUGACCCAGAACACGGAGGCGUAUCUUCCCAAAACAUCACCUCGCCAUCUCCGUUCAUGUUGCACCUGUCACAGCAUGUGUUGGUGCCACAGGGGCUGUCACUACCACCCUUUGGAGGGUUGCUCGCAUACCCGUGGAGCUACUUGACAUCACCUGCUGCAAUGACUCCAGCUCUCCCGACCGGUUCGACGACAUCGGCCUUCCUAAGAAACCGCUCUUUUCACAGCUCCCUGCCGUGGUUGCGGAUGAGCCCCUAUCAAAUCCCAGCUGCUGCCGUGGCGAGCCAAAAGCCGUCGACAGCAACUUCUAACUCAACUGAAUUUGAGCAGUACAAACUGUACGGCCAAGAGAAAAGUCCAGUGUCUGAUAAUCACAACAAUAGCACGGCCAGAAGCGAGCAGACUGUUUCACUUAAAAAUGUUCACGUUUCCUCUGAUGGACUCCAAAGCUUACAAAAUGUUGUGUAUGAUAAAUCACUUUCUCUCUAAUUUAUAAACACCUCUGAAUGUUUCAAGUCGUGAAAACCUGUUGAGCUCCGCGUUGCACAUUUCAAUGACAAUCAAUGUCAACAAAUCAAUAAAAUGUAAACAUCACAAUAUAAUCACACGCACUAGUUUCUAAUUAAACUUUCUACAAGAUCUU